UCUGGCAACAUUUGACUUCUCAUCUGGCAGCCCUGAGCCACUAACACCAUGGUGGGAGUCUGGCUCCCUCCCCUGAUAACUGUGUUGCUGUCCUUAGCCCUGGAAACUGCUGGACAAGAAGACCAGGGUAACAGAAAUGGAGACAGGAUUAUAGAUGGCUAUCCAUGUGAAAAAGGCUCCCAUCCAUGGCAGGUGGCCCUGCUCAGAGGUGAUCAGCUCCACUGUGGAGGAGUGCUGGUCAGCGAACGCUGGGUGCUCACCGCAGCCCACUGUAAAAUGCGUCAGUACAUGGUGCAUCUGGGCAGUGAUAAGAUAGGGGACAAGAGUGCCCAGAGGAUAAAGGCUACCAGAUCAUUCCGACACCCUGGCUACUCCACAAAGACCCACGCCAAUGACAUCAUGCUUGUGAGGCUGGACAAGCCAGUCAAGAUGUCAUCCAAUGUCCAGAAAGUCAACAUUCCAUCACGCUGUGAACCUCCAGGGACAUCCUGCACCGUCUCUGGAUGGGGCACCACCACCAGCCCAGACGUGACCUUUCCCUCGGACCUUAUGUGCUCGGAUGUGAAGCUCAUCUCCUCCAAGGAGUGCAAGAAGGUGUACAAGGACCUGCUGGGGAAAACCAUGCUGUGUGCUGGCAUUCCUGACUCUAAGACCAACACCUGCAACGGUGACUCAGGAGGACCCUUGGUGUGCAAUAACAACCUUCAAGGUCUGGUGUCCUGGGGAACCUACCCUUGUGGCCAGCCCAAUGACCCAGGAGUCUACACUCAAGUCUGCAAGUACACAAAGUGGUUGGAAGACACCAUGAAAACCUAUCGCUAACGCACCAGGAGUCAAGCUGUGCGCCUCCAAGAACAUGCGUGUAGAGUAAGGACCCUGUGGCAUGGCAGCGCCGUCAAGUCCUGUCUGACUCCCUUGCCUCCAAGAUAGAGCGAAGACUCAACACAAUGCCAAGUUUAUAAACCAAUCAGAACCCCAGAGAUCUACAAGCAAAUUAAGUCAAAAGACUAAGAAACCCCAGGACUGUGGAAGGUGCCGGAAGUCCAACGCUUUCAAGUACAGAGCUGGGUUUCCUACAGCCCUUUAUUGGACAGUGGUGGUGACUUUGCACCCUUCACUCAUGGCCUCUGAUUCAGGCCCUCCAAUUCCAGGGAAGUUCUUAAAAAAACAGCACCAAGUUUGGAUUCAUUACAUUACUUAUUAAAGGGGGAAAAAUGAAUAGAAGCUAUUGACAUAUUCCAAAGUUUUGAUUAUUUAAAUGGUAGGUUGGUUUCUCUCAGAAUAUUAUGAACACAUGAAAAAUAAUGCCUAGGCUAUAAUAAUCAGCCUUAUGCAAGGUGGCUGCUAUUGUAUGAUGUUUAAUGUGGAUACAAAGUGUACUGACUGGCUUGAACUGGACAUGUCAAGUGAAACAUAUACAGAAUAAAAUCCAAGUGAUGUUCAUGUGUGUGCUCACAGCCUGGAACAUAACGGUGGGGAAACUGGAAGCAUUGAUAGUGGACGGAGGGAGACCACGAGGAAGAGUGGCUGAGAAAGAUGGCUCAGGGGACAAGGCGCUUGCUGCCAAGCCUGAGAGAACGAGUUCCAUCUCUAGGGCCCACAAUA